AUGACCAAUCGAGCGCGAGUCAGACUCGGCGAACAUAAUGAUCAAUCGGGUAUAGAUUGCGAGGACGAUGUUUGCGCAGAACCUGUCCAAGAUUUCGAUCCUGUGAAAAUAAUUCCACAUCCAGAAUACAAAGACGAACUAUUUAAACAUGAUAUAGCUCUGAUAAAAUUGGAUAGAAAAUAUAAUAAAAAUGGUUGGGUGUAUCCAAUUUGUACAAUUAGUGGAGACUUGAUUUUCAAGGACUAUGUGGGGACUUAUGCAGAAGUUGCUGGAUGGGGCUUUACAGAUCGAGACUCAGAAGUACUUGCACAUGUAUUGCAAACAAUUCAGUUGCCAAUUGUUGAAAAUGAGCAAUGUAACAAGGCAUAUAAAAAAACAACAACCAUAGGAAUUUCUCAAAUGUGCGUUGGUGGAGUUGUUGGGAUGGAUUCUUGUGGAGGUGAUUCUGGAGGUCCAUUGCAAAAGGUAGAUUUCAUAGGAGAUCAACCACCUAGAUAUUACCUCAUAGGAAUUGUUUCUUUUGGGCCAAAAUAUUGUGGUACUGAAAAACCAGCAGUUUAUACAAGAGUCGCAAAUUUUUUGCCCUGGAUUUUGGACAAUAUAGAUCCACACUUUUAA